CACGCCACUUUACCCAUUUCUAGAGAUUUCAUCAUUCAGUCCCUGACGUGUGCAGCUUGCCUUGUACCGGCCUUUCCAGUCCAUGCUUCUCAAAGCUGCACCCACCCUGCUCAGAAUCUGCGUGCAGACUGCAAUCAAACCGCCUGCUUUCUACCUAUCGGCCGGUGUUGUAUCAAGUCGAGACCCUCUCUGUGCGCAGCACAAAGGCAGGCUCUUCUCCGUGUCAGCCCGAUCGCUGAAAAACAACAAGAGAAAAAGUCUUUGGCAGCAGUUUGCAGAAAGGAGAAACAUGGAUGGUAAUACUGAAGAGGUGCUGGCUCCUCUGAGGAAGGCAGUGAAGGAACAGGGGGACUUGGUGCGGCAGCUCAAAGAAGAGAAAGCCCCAGCUGUAGAUGUCAGUAAAGCUGUGGCAGAGCUGAAGGCUCGCAAGCGGGUUCUGGAGGCUAAGGAGCUGGCUCUGCAGCCCCAGGAUGACAUCGUCGACAGACCUAAACUGGAGGACACCCUGAAGAGGAGGUUCUUCUACGACCAGGCCUUUGCCAUCUAUGGGGGUGUCAGUGGACUGUAUGAUUUUGGCCCUGUUGGCUGUGCCCUGAAGAACAACAUCAUUCAGCUCUGGCGGCAGCACUUCAUUCAGGAGGAGCAGAUCCUUGAAAUCGACUGCACCAUGUUAACCCCAGAGGCAGUCCUCAAGACCUCUGGACAUGUUGAAAAAUUUGCUGAUUUCAUGGUGAAGGAUGUAAAGAAUGGAGAAUGCUUCCGUGCAGACCACCUCUUGAAAGCUCAUCUUCAGAAGUUAAUGUCGGAUAAGAAGUGUGCAGCAGAGAAGAGGGCAGAGAUGGACAGUGUUGUCACUCAGUUGGACAACUACAGCCAGCAGGAGUUAGCUGAGCUGUUUGUGAAGUACAAUGUGAAAUCUCCUGUCACUGGAAACGAUGUGAGCCCUCCCAUCUCCUUCAACCUCAUGUUCCAGACGUGCAUCGGGCCAGGAGGAAACAUGCCAGGCUAUCUGAGGCCUGAGACUGCUCAGGGAAUCUUUCUGAAUUUCAAACGCUUGCUGGAGUUCAACCAGGGCAAGUUGCCCUUCGCUGCCGCGCAGAUUGGGAACUCCUUCAGGAACGAGAUCUCUCCUCGCUCCGGCCUCAUCAGAGUCAGAGAGUUCACCAUGGCAGAAAUCGAGCACUUCGUGGAUCCCAAUGAUAAAAGUCACCCCAAGUUCCAGAGCCUGGCGGACCUGGAGCUCACCCUGUACUCCUCCAAGGCUCAGACCAGCGGCCAGUCUGCACACAAGAUGAAGCUGGGAGAUGCAGUUGAGCAGGGUGUGAUCAACAACUCCGUCCUGGGAUAUUUCAUUGGGAGGAUCUACCUGUACCUGGUGAAAGUAGGGGUCUCUCCAGACAAGCUGCGAUUCCGUCAGCACAUGGACAAUGAGAUGGCCCACUACGCCUGUGACUGCUGGGAUGCUGAGACCAAGACAUCUUACGGCUGGAUUGAGAUUGUGGGCUGUGCUGACCGCUCCUGCUAUGACCUGACCUGCCAUGCCCGAGCCACCAAGGUGCCCCUAGUGGCUGAGAAACCCCUAAAGGAAGCCAAGACAGUCAAUGUUGUUCAGUUCGACGCCAACAAGGGAGCAAUCGGAAAAGCUUACAAGAAGGACGCCAAGCUGGUGAUGGAAUAUCUAGCCAUCUGUGACGAGUGUUACAUCACAGAGCAGGAGAGACUCCUUAAUGAGAUCGGAGAGUUUACCAUCGAGACUGAAGGGAAGACCUUUAAACUGACCCAGGACAUGGUCAGUGUGAAGAGAUUUCAGAAGAUCCUGCACGUGGAGGAAAUUGUCCCCAACGUGAUUGAGCCGUCCUUCGGUAUUGGAAGAAUCAUGUACUCCAUCUUUGAACACACAUUCCAUGUCCGUGAAGGAGAUGAGCAGAGAACAUACUUCAGCUUUCCUGCCACUGUAGCGCCAUACAAAUGCUCCGUCCUGCCUCUGAGUCAGAAUCAUGAGUUUGUGCCUUUUGUCCGAGAGCUGUCCGAAGCCCUGACCAGAAACGGAGUCUCUCACAAGGUGGACGAUUCUUCCGGCUCCAUCGGGAGGCGCUACGCCAGGACUGACGAGAUCGGCGUGGCGUUCGGCAUCACCAUCGAUUUCGACACAGUUAACAAGACCCCUCACACAGCCACUCUGAGAGACCGGGACUGCAUGCGGCAGAUCAGGGCGGAGGUAUCUGAUCUUCCCUCCAUUGUGCGUGACCUGGCUAACGGCGUCACCACCUGGGCUGAAGUGGAAACCAAGUACCCGAUCUUUGAGGGGCAGGAGACCGGGAGAAAAGAGAUGACUGAGGAGUAAACACGACUGCACCAGAGCGUCAAAAUACAGACCAGCAACAACAGCAGCAACAAAACCUUUGUACUGUUAAUAGAACAAUUUUAUCUGCAGUGUGAUUUGCAUACCUCAGUAUGAACCCAGUGACGUUCUCCCCUGUGUUUCACUGAACCGUGAUGUUCUGUAACGAUAAUACUUUAAAUAAACCAAAUCAAAACUG